AUGUCUAUAAAUAAUGUAAGUUGGGAAUAAGUUGAAAAUCCAUCAAAAACAAAAUUUAAACAACUUUAUUUAAAUAAAUAUAGGAUUAAACUAGGUUUAUUUUCUAAUCAUAAAGAAUAAUUGCCAAUAUCAGUAUUAUUAUAUAUUAAUCCCUUAGAGACCUAAACAUAGAAAUAUUUCAAUUAAGGAAUUAGAUCAUCUAAUUAAACCAGAAAUGAUUAAAGCUAAAAUAAUGCCAGAUAAUUAAAAUUAAAAGGUACUCACAGCUUAAUUAUUAAACAAAAUUACAUAAAAAUAAUUAGAAUAAGAAUAUUUUUGUCAAUUUCCUGAAAUUACAUAAACUAAAAAAAAAAGAUCUAAAACUGAGCAUCAUAAUAAUUAAUACAGUAAAUUACAAAAAUCCUUUGCUAGAACUGCUUAUUUGAUUGUAAUAUGA